AUGCAGCAACGCAAGGCCAAGGUCGUCUGGGGCGGCGCCGAGAGCGCGGCGGCGCAGGAGAUCCCGGCGAUGGCGAUGGCACGCAACGGCAGCUGGCCUGAGGCCGAAGGCGCUCCGGAGCACUCACCAGUGCCGCGGAAGAAGAGGCUGGCCCUGGACGAGAAGCGCUGGAACACGGUGGUCAACGUCAUGCUUAUCGCCUUCGUCAUGGCCGUGCCGCCGGUCAUCGUUGCUCUACGCUGGGGGCGGCAUCGCGCCAUCGGUCUGGAUCGCGGCCGCCAAGGCCCAGCUGCGGCGAGCCCUCCCUUUGGUAGGACUUCCAAUAUCUGCCUAUCUGGAAAUGUAGGAGUCAUCAAUCUGAAUUAUGAAGUCAAACCUGAUAAACUCCGUCUGCUCCGUGCAGGUUCCGGCGAUGGCUCCUUCCCGUACGCAAGAAGCCCACCUGACAAACUUCUGGGUGGCCUCCUGCCCGAUGGACUCGACGAGAGAUCAUGCCGCAGCAGGUACGAGUCUUCCAUGUACAGCCGGAACCCGGCACGGCGACCUUCUCCGCAGCUCAUAGGAAAGCUGCGGAGACACGAAGAGCUCCAGAGACGGUGCGGGCCGAACACCGACGCGUACAGCCGCGCCGUCCAGCAGCUGAGGGCCGGCAAGAGCGUCGACUCGCCCGAGUGCAAGUACGUGGUCUCCAUCUCGCACCGCGGCCUCGGCAACCGCAUCCUGGCCGCCGCGUCGGCGUUCCUCUACGCGGUGCUCACCGACCGCGUCCUCCUCGUGGACCCGAGCAACGAGAUGGACGAGCUCUUCUGCGAGCCGUUCCCCGGCACGACGUGGCUGCUCCCGCGGCGGGACUUUCCCCUGGCGAGCUACACCAACUUCAGCAUCGACACCGCCGAGAGCUACGGCAACAUGCUGAAGAACAAGGUGCUCAACGCCGACGUGCCGCCGGCGACGGCGACGCAACUGCCAGCGUUCGUGUACCUCCACCUCGACCACGACUACGGCGACGAGGACAAGAUGUUCUUCUGCGACGACGACCAGCGGCUGCUGUCGAACGUGCAGUGGCUGGUCAUGAGGACCGACAUGUACACCGUCCCGGGGCUGUUCCUGGUCACGGCGUUUCAGGAGGAGCUCGACAUGCUGUUCCCGGAGCGCGACGCCGUGUUCCACUUCCUGGCGCGGUACCUGUUCCACCCAACCAACCACGUCUGGGGCCUCGUCACGCGGUACUACCGCGCGUACCUCGCGCGGGCGGAGCUCCGGCUCGGCGUCCAGGUGCGCAACUUCGAUCCCUGGACGCAGCAGUCGCCGGUCGUCCUCCGGCAGAUCACGUCGUGCCUGUGGAAGGAGAAGCUGCUCCCGGAGGUUCUUGACACGGAAAAACACGCCAUGCCGAUGAUGCCGGGCGGCAGCAGAACCACGGCCGUUCUGGUCACCUCUCUCCGGUCGUGGUACUACGAGCGCAUCAAGGGACUCUACUGGGAUCACGCGACGGCGACCGGCGAGGACGUGAGCGUGCACCAGCCGAGCCACGAGGAGCAGCAGCAGUACGGCAAGAAGUCGCACGACGACAGGGCCUGGGCGGAGAUGUACCUGCUGAGCCUGUGCGACGUGCUGGUGACCAGCGGCUGGUCCACGUUCGGGUACGUCGCGCAAGGGCUCGGCGGCAUGACGCCGUGGGUGUUGCACAAGCCCACCAACGUCACGUCGCCGCCGGACCCGCCGUGCUUCCGGGAUAUGUCCAUGGAACCGUGCUUCCACGCGCCGCACGUCUACGACUGCAAGCUGAAGCGUGGAGCCGACACAGGGAAAAUGCUGCCGCACGUCAGGUACUGCGAGGAUGUGAGCUGGGGACUCAAACUUGUCGAUGCAAAGUUGUACAAGGCUUGA